CCCUUUCGUCUCCGCCCAGCAGCAACGGCACCCACCGAAUCCGCCCCUCCCUCUUUCCGUUCCGCCUCGUUGCGCUCGCUCUCGCUGCGCCGCCCGCCCCACCUCACGGAGCUCACGGCAACACCGGCAGGGACGGAAAAGGAAAGCCGAGGAGGCGAGGAGAGAGAGAUACAAGGCAGGCAGCCAGGCACAGGCAGCCCGCGGCUGGCUACGGGGCCAAAACCCUUACGCGCGACGCGGCCCCCUCCUCUUCUUCUCUCUCCCACCACCGCCCUCCCCUUGCCAUUUUUGCCGCAGGAGCCGCCGCCAUCCGAUCCGGAAGAGGGAGGAGGGGGGAGGGAGGAGGAUCUGUGUCCCGAUUCGAUUGGAGCUCUCGUCCCCGGCGGUCCAGGAUGGUGCGGGGCAAGACGCAGAUGAAGCGGAUAGAGAACCCGGCCAGUCGCCAGGUCACCUUCUCCAAGCGCCGCAACGGCCUGCUCAAGAAGGCGUUCGAGCUCUCCGUCCUCUGCGACGCCGAGGUCGCGCUCGUCGUCUUCUCCCCGCGCGGCAAGCUCUACGAAUUCGCCAGCGGAAGUGCCCAGAAAACAAUUGAACGUUAUAGAACGUACACAAAGGAUAAUGUCAGCAACAAGACAGCACAUCAGGACAUUGAGCAAGUAAAAGCUGAUGCUGAGGGCCUGGCAAAGAAACUGGAAGCACUUGAAGCUUACAAAAGAAAACUUUUGGGUGAGAGGUUGGAAGAAUGCUCCUUUGAAGAACUGCACAGUUUGGAAGUGAAACUCGAAAAGAGCCUUCAUUGCAUCAGGGGAAGAAAGACUCAGCUGCUGGAGGAGCAACUCCAUAAGCUGAAGGAGAAGGAGAUGAAUCUGCGCAAGAGCAACGAAGAUUUACGUGAAAAGGUAAUGGGGGCGAAAACAUUUUGCAGACGCUGCACUGCGGCAAGCGGCAUGCCAACAACCCAAGAAAACAGGCUUUGAUUCUACCGCCUUACCUCGACUUCCUGUGCUGUGAUAUCUUAUUGCAAGAAGCAGCCGCCGCCGCCGCCGCCUAUGCUGAUGGCUCCUCCGCCGCCUCCAGCGCCGGCAGCCAUCGAUCACACGGGGCCGAAGGAUGUCGGGAUGGACGUGGAGACGGAGCUGUACAUAGGAUUGCCCGGCAGAGAUUACCGCUCAAACAACAAAGACAUGACUGCACAGUAGCUGUCAGGUCAGGUCAGGUCAGGCUAGCCAGCAGUGCAGAGAAUAAUCUUAGAUCUGUGGUGCGGAGAACUGGAGAUGCAAGCCAAGCCCAAGCCAAUCAACAUGAUAAGGAUCAUGAGUGUCGCGUCGUGUUUUACAAACCUGUCCACCGUCCGUCAAAGGCACAUGCGCCAGAACGUCCGUCAGAGAACACUUACCCCCUCAUCUCCCUCUAUUAGCUAGCUGCUCCGGCCUGCUCAUGUCGAAACCUUCUGUUCAAGUAUGUUCUCCUCCUGAUGAAUU